AGAAAUUCUUAUCGCUAGACUUCUAAUUAAACAACCACUAACCGUUCACACACGGAUUAUCAUCGGUAUGGAAAAGUAUGAUAGUUUGGAAGUUGUCGGUGAGGGAAGUUACGGCGUUGUCAUGAAAUGCAAACAUCGGGACACGGGACAGAUUGUGGCGAUAAAGAAAUUCCUCGAGACCGAAGAGGAUGUUCACGUUCGUAAAAUGGCGCUUCGAGAAAUUCGUAUGCUUAAGAAAUUGCGGCAUGAAAAUCUAGUGAACAUGAUCGAGGUAUUUCGUCGACGCAAACGGUUUUACUUGGUUUUCGAAUACCUAGACCACACAUUACUUGACGAAUUAGAGGCAGUCGGAACCGGCCUUGGAAUAGAUGCGUCUCGUCGUCAUAUAUUUCAAGUUCUUCGAGGACUGAAUUACUGUCACACGAACCAUAUUAUGCACCGAGACGUGAAACCUGAGAACGUCCUCGUCUCUCCAAACGGAAUUGUCAAGCUGUGCGAUUUCGGCUUUGCCCGGAUAUCACCCGGGCCGAACGAGUCCUGCACGGAUUACGUCGCAACGAGGUGGUACCGGGCCCCCGAACUUCUGGUAGGAGAUUCCGGCUACGGCAAGGGAGUCGAUGUUUGGGCCGUCGGAUGCCUCUACGCCGAGGCCGUAAGUGGGGAUCCCUUAUUCCCAGGGGAUAGCGACGUCGAUCAACUCUAUCAGAUCAUGAAACUCUUGGGUAAUCUUUGCCAGAAGCACCAAACGAUGAUGGUAAGGAAUAACAAUAUGCGUGGAAUGAGACGAGUAGGUACGGACAUCUGUAUGAUGGGGAACAUCCGAUCACUCCGGUCCAUUUUUCCGUCUUGGCCAUCGACGACGAUAGACUUCCUGUCUCAGUGUCUGAGAAUGGACCCCGACCUCCGUCCGAGUUGUGCGACGCUGCUGGACCAUCCCAUGUUCACCCAAGACUCUUUUGCCGAGCGUUUUUUAGUGGAACUUAAGGAAAUCAUAGCUAAGGAGAUAAUGGACUGUCCCCUGACUCAGCAACGGUUGGAAUCUCGAAGACUGACAGCCCAGCUGCCCCCUGAGAGACCAGCCAGAACAUGUCACAGCAGCACCGGGAGUUGGCGGAUGACCUUGAUCCGGGGCGGAGGCACUUGCAACACGAACAUGUGUCAGCCGGAAAUUGAACGAGCUCGUGAGUCCGUGGCGUCGAUCGAAAGGCCGCCUCUUCUCGCCAUGAAUAGGGCGAGAGAGCCCUGUUAUUUCGGGCCCGUUUCCGUCGUCCCAAAUACGACUUACAUAAGACGCCUUGAGCAUCGGGGUAUACUUGUUCCGGGUACCAAAGGAUGCUCUUUGCCCGCUCUGGCCUCGAGAGAGUCCAGCCAUGCGAAAGAAAACACGAAGAGGAAGAGGGUUGAUCUGCCGCACGUGGACCGCUGAUCGCGCGUCAGCAACGUCGCUACAUUAUGCAAUUUUAGAUUUUAUAAUUUGCAUCUACGUUAUACUUGUGCAGCAUACGAUAUAUUGCUGCAGCCUUGAUGUAUAAGCUAAACAGCUGUCGUACGUUGGAUACUCAUCAUUUGCACGGAUCUUUUUUCUCCGAAUGCGUCUAUUUAUAGACGCAAAUAAUUUCUUCGAAGGUCGCAGCUAUACAAGCGAAAAAUAUCUCCGUGUAAUGAUAUUCCCAUACCAACAGUUACCACAAACUUAGACUGCAAUGGUAUGAUGGUCCCCAACUGGAAUGCUGGCGCUCGAAACAAUCCCCGUAGUGCUUUCUUUAGCGU